UCUGCAAGAACACUAAAUUAGGGUAAAAAAAUAAUAGGUACAAAAUAAUAAAUCAUAUAAAAUUAUAAAUCCUCCCAUUUCUCUGCACACUCUCAAUCUCGCCUCUUUCAUCUAUUAUUAAGACAUCCCUGAUUAUAUUGACAAGAAAAAGGGUUAUGAGCUGAAAUGCAGGAUAAUCCUGGCUCUUUAAAUAAAACAAGCUUUCUCUGUUCCUCAGUCAUGUCACAAGGUUGCUAGGUGACCUGAAAACACUCCAGUUGUAGGAAGCGCAAGAGAAAUUCAGAGAGAAAUUCCAAAGGGUAAACGGGAUGGGUGGGAGGGGCACUGCGCCCACUCUUCUGAGAAUUAACAAAGCCUACAACUUGCCAGACUUCAACUCCUUUGGUGUGUUUACCAAAGUAGAGUCCACAUUCUGUGGCAACUGAAAACAUCAAGGAAAGAAGUCAUGCCAAAGCUAAAAGGCAAACCGAAACCUAAAGCUGGUUUAGCUAUGAAUAUUCUUGAAAAGUUCCUGCAAACUUAUGAAAAGCAUUGCACGGCAUCCCAAAGUUGUGUCAGUCCAACUAUCAAACACGACUUACAGCAAUGUAUAACAAAUGAUAUGUUCAUUACUAAGUUCGUGCUUACAAACGUAGAGAGCUUAUCAAGAAACGUGCAUCCAGUUUAUCUCACUCCUUUACUGAGGACUAUCCGAGAUGAACGAUAUCGGCGAGGGAAGGAGCUCUGUAUCUGUGGAAUUAACCUAUAUCCUCAAGAUAUUGCAAACCUUGCAAUCUUGCUAGAACUGGAUGGACGUACUAUCUAUCCCUUUUCCAAAUUAGAAAUAACUCAUCAUGUAUUAGACCUUUGGAGCAUGGAGAGACUUGGAAUGGCUCUGCCUUACAGCCGUCUGAGUUCUCUUGUUCUGGAUUAUUCCAAAUGUGGUGAUAACUGUGUCAAUAGACUCACUGAUGGAUUAGAUGGGAAUAGAAAGCUUUUAACUCUGAGCCUCUGCUACUGUGAUUUAGGGCCUGAAAGUGGAAUAACAUUAGCAACUCUUGUAGUCCAAACUGCCAUUUGCAACUUGUUCCUGGAUGGUAAUCACUUGCAAUGUUUGGGUGCCAUAGAACUCCUCAGACCAGUAGCAGAGUAUGAAGAAAGCAUUGGGCAAGUAAAGAAAGCAAAUGCUCAACUCAGCCUUGAAGCAGCGAACAAAGAUGCAGAUCUUCACUCAAAAGUUGUGAAUCUGAACACGACUUCAAAGACAAAUAGUCGUACUACAAUGGAAAAUAGUAGGAAGAAAAAGAAACGGAGAGUCUCAAAGAAAAAAAUUAAGAAACCUGACCCUGGCCCAUGGUUAGCUAGGCUGCAUUUGGCUGAUAAUGCCAUAGAUGGAAGGUUUCGCCAAACAGAAGAAAACAUCAGAGAGUUUGUGCGGCUGUUGUCUAGUCUAAUCAGGAACUCUGACCAUCUAGUGGAAGUUGAUAUCGAUGGCAAUGCUAUAGGAGAAGAAAGUGCAGUCAGCAUAUUGGAAGCUCUUAAGGACCGAAAGAAAGACAAAAUGCCACACAUAAACAUUGAGGUAACACCCCAGAUGUCAUCAAUGACCUUCAGGGAAAUUUUCAAGAAUUGUUUCAAAACAGCAAAAAAGAGGAAGAAAAAGGUACAAUAAUUUGAUUCUCCCCUAUUUCAUUUUUUAUUUAUUUAUACAUACUGUAUUAACACUGUAUAUGCCACAUUUAUCCUAUUGAAGGUUUCUGGGUGGUGCAGAACCCAUUGUUUCACAGUACAAAUACAAUAAUCAAACAACAGAUAAAAAUCCUUAAAGCUAACAUUCUAACAAGUUUAAAAUGCUUGCAUGAAUCGUAUUUUUGCCUGGCACUGAAAGAAUUGUAGCACAGGCACCAAGCCUCUUUAGAAAGGGCAUCCCAUUGCCAGGAUGCCACUAAUAAAGCUUGUUCCUUUGUUAAUACAAAGAUGUACUGAGAUGCUGCUGUUUGCUUAGAUACAAAGGUUACUGAGCUAAUGAUAAAUGCCAGAAUAAUGUUACUGGUAAUUCCAUCUGCUUAACUGGUAACAACUGCCGUUUGGCUUCCCCUCUCCCAGAACUCUCAUUUGCAGCCAUUUCUCCUGGUUGCCUCUGAGAAUUGAGGCAGCAAGGGCCCCUAGAGUCGUGUGGCUUGGACUGAGAGCCAACCAUCCUGAUCUGUCUUCUGCACUGUGCUCAUCAUGUAACAAUUUCUCCAGGCUAAAAAGUUGGGUCCAGGAGCUAAGGAUGUGUGGAAAUGGUGGGAAGAGGGUGGGAUCAGGUUGGUCCUCCCUUUCCCAACAGAACAAGAUUGAUGAUAGUGAUGACAACCUGAGUGUGGCAGUGGUAGCUGGUCUCCAUUAGGCCUGGUGGGGCAGAGGCAGGGCAGUGUUUGGUAGAUGUCGCCACUCCCCACCCCCAUUUUUACUAUUGGUCUCACUCAUAUGCUUUAUUAUGAAGGGCACUGCCCUAGUUGCCCAGACUGGGAUUGUACACAUGGAACCCCCAUUCCUGGACUGGGCUCUUAAGGUGAGAGAAAUGCCUGCAGAGUAUCCACUUCGAAUCACAGAAGUAUAGAGUUCAAAGGGAUCCCAGGGGUCAUCUAGUUCAACCCUCUGCAACGCAGGAAUCUUAAUGAGAUCAUACAUGACUGAUGGCCAUCUAAUAUCUGCUUAAAAACCUUCAAGGAAGGAGAGACCACCAAUUGUGUGUACACUUCCUCUUGUUGGAUUGGUGUGUUAGACCUUAGUAUCCAGCUACUUCCGUUUGUUCCACAUACAGUUGCUUCUUAUUGGAAUCUUCUGAGACGUGUUUUGUUUUGUAUUUUACAGAAAAUCAAGUGAUAAAGUCCGAAUUUGCCUCCUGCAGAAAUUAGAUUCAAAGAGGUUAACAUACUUCAGCAAUUAUUUACAUGAUGUUCUAAUCUUGUCAAUACUACACAGAUGGUUUAUACUACUUUAUUGUGCAAGUACUUUAUAACUAUUUACAACCAUUUUCAGUUUAUUGGAUUAAAAGUAUGCAACUGCCAAAAAAACACCUUCCUGGUACUACAACUUACACUUGUAUCAUUUCUUCUUCUUCGAUUUUCAUUGCUAUUUGGAGAUGUAUGUCAUUCACAGAUCAUUUAUGAAUGAAUAGGUUCAGAUAUACACUUAUGGAGCUAGAACUGCCUCGGCCCCUGCUACAAUAAGAAGAUAUUGGGGUCAUGAUGGGAUAGCUCAAUGAAAAUGUUGACCUAGUGCACAACGGCUGUGAAAAAGGUGAAUUAUUCCAAGCAAAGGUGCACCGGAAAUAUAACAAAUUAUGGCAGAAUUUCAAAAAGGAGAAGUUUCCUGUCCUUGGUCUCAUAGCAAAACAUAACCUCCUGCUUUACUGGCAUUGUACACACAAGCAGCCACUUAAGUGGUUGUGAAAGACCAGGGUUCAUAUCUCGACUGGGCUAUGAAACCAACUGGGUGACCUUGGGCCAGUCACUGCCUCUCAGCCUAGUUGGUCUUUAAGCUGCUACUGAAGGAAUUUUUUUAUUUUGCUACCUCUCAGGGUUGUUGGGAUUAAAUGAGAUGGGGGGAUAACCACCUUGUCUGCCACCUUGAGCUCCUUGGAGAAAAAGGGCUAUAAAUGUAUUACACAGAAUAAAUAAAUUUGGCAAAUGGUACUGUUGCUGUAUGUAAGUUUUAUUUUAUUUGUUUAUUAUCUUAUAUUUUGGAAAUGUACAUCCAUGUUUUUUCCCUUUAAUUGUUUUUUGGGGCCCCAAGAGAGUGGGCCCUAAACUAUAGCUUGUUUAGCUUAUAGGUAAAGCCGGCGCUGCAGCUGUGCAUAUACAAAAGCUGGGGACGGCGGCCCCUUUCCCAGAUUAUUUAACAAGGACUAUAACGGAGAAUUUCGCGCCUGUGGCACCAGACAUCCCCCCCCUCCCCCCAGGUUUCAACGGGGAGGCCUGCAAAUU